CGAAGACCAAGAAUCUGGGCGAAGGAGUCGAUCCCCCGUUCUCGGAGAAGCGUUGACUACUUUGGUACGUGCGAUGUGACGUUGCGUGUGGUUCCACAGCACAACAGAGAGCGCUAGCUGUUAGCAGACAGCUCUCAGUGCACAGUGAUGCGCAUCGUUAUCCAUGAGGCACACGGGGGCAUAGGCCAAACGGGCAAAGGCCAUGUGAAGUUGACGGGCGGGUGUGAAUAUGACAUGUCGAUGUUCUUGGGGCUUGCUCGAGCAGGGCGAUGCCUGGCUGAUGAUGCUACUGCGGUCCGUCGGCUUGAGGAAAAGGUGGCCAAGAGACGAAAUACAUACUAAUACGUCGCAAGAAGAGCGGCGGUAAUGUUUUUUUUUCCGGUACAGCAGUCUCGGAGACUGCUGUGGUGUGGUUGUGCUAUCACAAAUCACAAUUAUAAGACGAGGCACAAGUUUGAGUGCAGGUCCUCGAUCACACGACGAGGCAAAAAUAUCUGAGUGCAGGUCCGUCGACCCGAGGAAAGGUGGUGUGUAUCCACACCAACACCCAACACCCACUUUGAUUAUGUUGCAGCAGCUUGUUAUUCGUGUUCACUUGAUGGACGGGUGUUUUUCCCACGAGGUUUUCCAGAUGUCAAUGUGGACCGGAUAGAAAGGGGGUGCGAUGACUGAUGUAAACCAUGGUGGCUUGUCAUCUGGCGAUGAGUCGUGGUUAUCAGGAGCCGAACGAAAGAUGUGUAGCACGUAUGCCGCUGGUGCGAUUGCGGGACGGACUGCGGCCGUCAGGACACAUACUCUUGUGCGGGCCGGUUUUGUACACGCGAAUGUCGGUCGACGUGUAUGGAAAAAUCGGUGGCACGGUGGUUACGGUACCACACUGUUCGACCCUGGGGUUACCCCUAUUUUGAGGCCAAAAAUGUGUCCCAAACCGGGUGAACUUUUCGUGGCAAAUAGACUGCGCUUUUCCUUCUUGGACCAAUAAAAACGUUUGGAAUUUGAAUCAAUAUAAAAAGACACACGAACACACACGAACAGACUGGACAAAUAUGGUCAAGAGCGUUCACGCAGCAAUGCGCGAGGUGGACACCCGUCACUGCGCUCACUGAGGCUGCUGGCACACACAAAAAGCCAGUGCCCCACAGCCCGACCGGUCAUAGAUGGCGGACCCCACCGGUUCGACGGCGGACCCGCCCGCUUCGACGGCGGACCCGCCCGUUCUGUUGCCGAAAAUAAGAAAAAGGGCAACGGGCAAACAGCAGGGCAGUUGUGAGAGCGGGAAUACCAAAAAUUGCGCGCUGCUGCUGCUCCUGCUGUAUUUUCUCGCUCUCAACACCAAGUCUGUCGAUGAUAGCAGCUGCAUGCAGCUUCGCCUGCCUCUCUUGGUAUCGUCCUGCUUAUGUUGGUUCUAUCAACCUGUAGGACUCGGAGGCAUACGAAGUAGUCGCACUAGAAGGGAACAGCAAGGCCAAAAACACACGAGGGCAAAGACACGAUGACUGUUGGAUCUUGGGAGUGUACAAUUACCAAAUUGGGAGAUGCAGCAUACCACGAUAUCCUGGCUUCGGCUGGGCUUGAAAUAACCAUUUUGCUGUCCUCCACUCUUUGCAGGAGUGGCUUCCUAGGUUCGGGCGAGGGCAUGUGUGGAGCUAUGGCAGUGUAUGUGUUGCUAUUUUGUUUGAGUCACUUAGCUGCUGACACAAUGACUGUUGGAUCCUGGGAGUGUACGAUAAUCAAAUUGGGAGAUGCAGCAUACCACGAUAUCCUGGCUUCGGCUGGGCUUGAAAUAACCCUUUUGCUGUCCUCCGCUCUUUGCAUCAGUAGCUUCCUAGAUUCGAGCGAGUGCAUUUGUGUAGCUGAGAUGUGUGUCUACGUAAAAGAACAUGUGGAGAGAGUCGUAUUGGCAUUCGCAUCAAGCGCAUUGCGCAUUUUUCGAGUUUUGGCCCCCUUCCAGGGACCUUGAUUUUAACCCGCUGGCACUGACGUCUUUUAAUUGGUCAGCCGGUUAGCG